GUUUAGAACGUUUUCCUCAGUAUUUUUUUGAUAUUUAGAGUGUUAAGGAUAUAAUCAAAGAAAAGGAUAUUUAAAAUGUCUUUAAUCUAAAAAUUUGAAAAAUAAAAAAUGAAAGCUUUAAGGAACAUUAUAUUACUGCUAUCUGCAGUGGUAAAUAUUCAGUUUAUAAAUGGAAAAGAAUUUGUUACAAGUGAUGCAGUUAUUUUAGAAGCUUUAAACGAGACUUCGUCUUAUCUGUAUAAAAGAGAAAUAUAUUUUGGAAAUCCACAAUCGUUUUCAACAAUCAAAGCAACUUGGGGGAAAAAUGGUUUGGGCCAAGCUUGUCUAACAUCUUUAGGGGUUUUAGGAUCGUGUCAAAAUUUUAAAACUUGUUAUCCAUUUUUUAAACUUGACGAACCAUUUACAAAAUUCCCACAAUUCAGUGAUAUUGAUUCGUGGAUAUUGGGAAAUUACGAUACAUGCAGGCAUUACUUAGAUGAUGGUCGUCAGGCAUUAGGAGUUUGCUGUACAAAUCCAAUUGUUCAAUCAGUGCACACUGAUAUUAUAACAAAUAAGCCGCAAAUUGAAGGUCAAAAAUUUGAUUCUGGAAAUGUUUUUGGAAGCUGGCCUCCACCUAUACCGACUCACCCUCCAGACCACACAGCAGCUACACAUCCGCCAGUAGGCACAACAUGGGCUACAAAACCCCCAUCACAUCAAAUUACUCCCUCGACGACAAAAAGACCUUCCUUUAUAAUUACAACCCCCGAAAAUGUAUUCAAUAAAGAUGACAUUCCUUUUGGAAGUGAUGCAAGUUGCGGUUUGAAAAAUGGAAACAUGGAUCAAAACAGAAUCGUUGGAGGACAAAACGCUGACCCACUGGAAUGGCCAUGGAUUGCUGUAAUGUUUAGUGGUGAUCGACAAUUUUGCGGUGGUUCACUAAUUGAUGACAGGCACAUUUUAUCAGCUGCUCAUUGUGUUGCUCAUUUCAGUUCAUGGGAUGUUACAAGACUAACAGUCCGUUUGGGAGAUUACAAUAUAAGAAUUCCUACAGAAGUAAAACAUAUUGAACGAAAAGUGAAAAGAAUUGUUCGACAUAAAGGAUUUGAUUCAAGAACAUUGUAUAAUGACAUUGCAAUUAUAACACUUGAUAAAAAGGUUCCCUUUUCAAGAGGCAUUCGGCCAAUUUGUUUACCAUCAGCUGAUUCUGUCAGCUAUCAUGGUAAAAUAGGAACUGUUGUAGGUUGGGGUUCUCUAAGAGAAAAUGGUGCUCAACCAAGUAUUCUUCAAGAAGUGACUUUACCAAUUUGGAAAAACGAAGAAUGCAAACUUAAAUACGGACCUGCAGCACCCGGAGGAAUUAUAAAUACAAUGAUAUGUGCUGGACAAGCCGCAAAAGAUUCUGGUCCACUUGUUAUUAAUAAUGGAAAAUGGACACAAAUCGGUAUUGUGAGCUGGGGAAUCGGAUGUGGAAAAGGACAAUAUCCAGGCGUUUACACUCGAGUAACAUCAUUCCUGCCAUGGAUAGAAAAGAAUACAAAAGAAUCAUAAUUUAUCGUUUAUCAUAUAUGAUAUUUAAGAGCUUGUUAAAAUUUUACUUGCAAUAAAUUCAUCCUAUGUUUUCAUUU